GUGCACGUGGGUGGUGCCGUGGUGGUGGUGGUAGGGGGAAGGUAGCCCAGAGCGUGCCGGGGAGAGAGGUAGCAGCAGCAGUAGCAAGCCAGCAAAGCGACAACUUCGCUGUCGUGGUGCCUGACCCACGCGAGGCCUUGCUGCGAUUCGAAUAGUGGCUGCGGGUUUUUUCUUCCCCCUCCCUCUCUCUCUCUGCGCAGUCAAGAUGUCAGAUAGCGCAGCUUACACUCCCACCACCACGGCGGCGUCGGGGAGCCAGAGUCCUGGCCUGGUGGACAAAGAUUACCCCAGGACCUUCUCUGGGCUGUUAAAAAUAGUGCAGAUGGUCCUAGUGUUUGUGGCCUUCUUGUGCAUAAGCUGUUCUAAAAUUUGGACAAACUACUCGGCCCUCCGCUACUUUGAGACCACCACCCUGUGGUUCUUCUUUACGGUCCUCAUUCUGUUCAUCAUUUUCUUAUUCCGCCUGAAUAAACGCAUCACCUUCAUCCACUGGCCCCUCACUGAGCUCAUCCAUUAUGCCAUUUCGUUCAUCCUGCUGCUGAUAGCUUCCAUCACAGUAGCUGCUAAUGCCUCCAGCAUUGGCAGCCUAAUUGUCGGAACGAUCUUUGGUUUUCUGGCAACUGGAGCUUACGGUUUUGGUGCGUGGAUCACUUAUAGGACCUGGCGCAUGCCUGCUGCUCCAACUGCUUCUGUAUAAUGGACUCCACUGAACUUUGGCAGAAGAUACGCCACAGCUAAACACAGAUGGUGCUGACAUAAGCACCACGACAUCUUGUAUUAUUUACUGAAUCAUGUUUCAUUUAAUUAGAGGCUUUAGAUAUUCAUUACAAAUAUAUUAGAAUUGUAAAAUGUUAAAAUAUUGCAUGUGCAUAUAUUCUGAUGUGUAGGCUGUUUUAUGUAACACUGUCAUCAAUAUGGCUAUAGAGGAGCAUACUGGCUAAGAUGUGCAUGUCGAGCAUUUGAUGAAACUAUGAUUGACUGCAUUGUAAAUAUGGCCAAGUCAUGUGUUUGGACCAAUCAGUUAAUUUGCAGCAGCUAGCCAGACCCUCCUGUAGACUCGGUGCAAUUAGCUGAGAUUGCGUGUAGUGUGUGGGUGCUCGGACCAAUGAUAUAGCUCACUGCAGCUGACCACACACACACUGCCCUUUGUAGCUGUAGUGAUGGCAGUGGUAGAUUGAAACAUGCCUGAGUGCCUUAUUUUAAAUACAGAAUGUUUGGUACAAAACUGUCAACUGAAAUCUUACCCAAUAUAUACUUUCGCCAUAGAAAAGCAGUGUGUCUCUCUGUAUGUAUAGGUGAAUUGGUCCACAGGCCUAUUGGCUUUCCAGACCAAUAUUAUCCAGCAGCAUUUAUUUAAGAAAGGACACUGGACUGGUUUCAACCUUCUGGGUCUCAUCAGCAGAGUCAAACUUGCUAAACAAAUGCUGCUGGAUCACCAGAUGUUAUUAGUUUUCCCCAUAGAGUUUGGUUUAGGAAUUGUAAAGCUUUGGAGUGCCUAGAAAUUAGACUUGCAUUUAACUUACUCGAAAAAAAGGAAAAACAGUAUUGACAUUUUCAUUUAAUGGGCUAUGUACAUAGCUUUCUGAAUAUACAGUGAAGCGCCUUUCAUAGAACUGUGGCACCAAACUAUAUGCAUCAUGCUUCAAUCUAAUAUCUUGUGAUUUACGUGAAUGCGAGUGAAAACAUUGAGGGCAUUGACAGAUUUCCCUACUUAGUCUGUUUUUGAGGCCUUCACAAAAAAAACACAUUUACAGACAACUAAUGUUGCAAUUAGUUUUUUUCAUUUUGGAUGUUUAUAUGCUUUUCAUUCAGGUAUACAAUCAAGCCACAGUUGUUGUGGUAUUUGCCAACAGCAGUAUAAUAUUGCCUUUUUGAAGCUCAGGAGAUUAAGGGUUUGGUUACCAGUGGUGUGUGAAAGCAUGUCUACCUAAGAACAGUACCAAAAACAUGUACCAAAGUUUGUCAAGUUAAUGGAGCUACUAUAAUCAACAAUCAUUGCAAGAGGAUAUACAAAAUGCCAUAUAUUAGUAUAAUGAUACAAUACCAGUAUUGAAUCAAACGUGUAACAGACCGCACUGAGGAGGUGAAUUUGACUGGCCCGUGCAUAACUACAGUAUGUUGGGAUGCAUACCAUGCAAUACAUAACUAUCGUGUGUAGGACAUGUUAUGCACCACAAUACACAUUCAGAGAAUAAUUUCUUUAUACAAUGUAAGUUGAUAUUUUAUAUAUUUUUCUGUCGUGAUAUGUUAUAUAAAAAAAUACCUCCAUGGUUAUCAUAGUAUGCAUGUUUAAAAAAACAUGGUUCAGGGCUUGUUUCAUAUGUCUAAUCCAUUGUUCAUUAUUGUGGCCAUAUUUCAUUUUGUGUCGAGUAAAUUUGAAAAAAAACAACACGAUUUUGGGGUUGCUUGGUGAGAGAUGUCUUCCAAAGUACAGUAUAUGUACACUACGUAAUUUUACUGCACAUUUUCUAAAUACCGAAGUGCAAGGAAUGAUGUUUCUUGGUGAAUUGUCACAUCACGGGAAUCGCGAGGGAUGGCAGUGGAUCUAGGAGGCCUUCAUUGAGCAGUGGAUUGACUGCCUGAUGAUGAAUGGCGAAUUUACUUUGUCUCAUGCAACAUGUACUCUUGGAGAAAAUACCCAAGUCAUGUUUACUCGUGCAAUAAUCUAAUCCACCUCAAAAGGUGAUUUCACCAUUGAGGCAGAUGUAUUUUAUUGUGCCAAGACAUCGUUGGCGUGUGCAUGCAAUCUGUCCUCAUGUGGGCUGGAUGUUGGGCCAAGUAAGCCGGCAUAUUUUCAUGUUGGUUGCAUGCAUCACAUGCUUCAGGCUUGCUUUCAACUAGGCCACAUAGGAUCUAGAUGCUAUGGCACGAAGCACAGAGCUGAAAUUCAUACCCAAAAAAUGCUUCACCAACCAUACAUACAUCCCUGUUGUAUAUCCCUGUUAUAUAUAAAAACACUUUUUAUUAACUUCAUUGCUUUUCCAUGUGAACAUAUGUUGUCUUUAUCUGCAAAAAAGCAUGAGAUUCCCUUUUCUUUUUACAAUUGGGUUUCCCAUUUGCAAAUUAAUCGCAUUAAAAAACAAUCAUGGCCAUUACCUGUAUAUUGAUGCAUUGCAUCGAUUGCCAUUUUGUCAUUGUGUUUUUACAGUCCGAAUAUAUUUCUGCAGAUCAUAAAACGAAAGGAUUCUUUAAAAAUUGUACGUCUUAUAUGCCUGCUAUAUAAAUACCUGUGGCAGCGAAUAGCAUCUUAAAUAUCAACAUGCAAGUUUGAAAGCCACGCAACAGCUUCUGGUAGUGCUGAAUGGUUGAACUGCACUGAUCAAGUGUAGCUAAAUGCCAGUAUUGCGGUAACGUACAUAACAUUUUGGUGUAAAAGAUUCAACAUUCGGAUUGUCUAUUUAGGUUGGAAGUGCUACCAUGGAGGGUUUGGUGAUGUAAUGCUGUUUUUACAAAUGGUGAUGUGGACGUACAAAACACGGAAUCAUUAAAAUGUAGUUAAAUGCAGUUAGCACAUGUCACACUUGAAUGUGUUUUUUUAAUAAACCGUUAUUAUGUUUCCCUUGUUUUUAAUCACGUGUUUGCCGUUUACAGAGUACUGUAUUUGCAUUUUUAGAAGAUACGACCAUUCAUAAUAGCCUGUUAAACUCUACAAAUGUAGUGAUUCCAAGAUUUGUCAAUUAAAUCUUAACAAUUUGUUAAUAACCACACAAAUAACACAUCUCUCAUCAAAAUAU